UCGAGUUGGCAGGUUCUAUCGCUCUGCUGGUACGGAGCGUAUCAAAUUAAAAUCAAUUAAAUCCAAUCAAAGCGACCAAUAAAGAAGCUCAAAGAAUUCUGGACAGCAGAGAAUCCUCCCGAUACCGUUUCAGAUAAGAUAAGACCCUCAAACUCCCCCGACAGGUAAAAAAAAGCCGGCAUUAUGUGGCGACAUCUUGGCGUUGUCGCACGAACUGGAAGUAACGUAAACUUCUCCAGGAUGCGUGGAUUUUCGGCUUUGGUUCAAGAUAAGGCCUUGGUUGAUGGUGCCUGGGUGGAUUCAAGCAAUUCAAAAGCCACCUUCGAGGUCAGAAAUCCUGCUAAUGGAGCGGUGAUCGGAAAAGUACCCAACAUGACGGUAGAGGAUGCACAAAAAGCCAUAAAUGCCGCUAAGCAGGCCUACGAGUCUAAGGAGUGGCGAUCUCUAACGGCCAAAGAUCGGUCUAACCUGCUCAAGAAGUGGCACAAACUGAUCGAGGAGCACUCGCAGGAGAUAGCCGAGAUAAUGACCGCUGAGUCGGGAAAGCCGAUCAACGAAUCUAAGGGGGAGGUGGCCUACGGCAACGCCUUCGUGGAGUGGUUUGCAGAGGAGGCCCGUCGUGUCUACGGCGAGAUAGUGCCCAGUGCUCUGCCCAACCGGGAGAUUAUUGUAAUGAAGCAGCCCAUCGGAGUGGCUGCUCUGAUUACACCCUGGAACUUCCCAAUGGCCAUGAUUACGCGAAAGGCAGGAGCUGCACUAGCAGCGGGAUGUACAGUGGUAGUCAAGCCAUCCGAGGACACUCCCCUAACAGCUCUUGCUGUGGCCAAAUUGGCAGUGGAUGCAGGCAUUCCAAAGGGUGUCAUUAAUGUGGUGACAACAAACAAAGCAGCUCCAAUCGGCGAUCUCUUCUGCAAGAGUCCGGACGUGAGAGGCAUAUCCUUUACAGGCUCCACAGAAGUGGGAAAACUCCUGUUCCGCAACUCGGCUGAUGGCAUCAAGAGGAUUUGCCUCGAACUCGGCGGUAAUGCUCCGUUUAUUGUCUUCGAUUCGGCCAACAUCGAAAAAGCUGUAGAUGGUGCCAUGGCCUCCAAGUUUAGGAACUGCGGACAAACAUGCGUCUCAGCCAACAGAUUCUUUGUCCAGGAUGGUGUGUACGAUAAGUUUGUAGAGCAGCUGAAGAAACGCGUGCAGGCUUUGAAAAUUGGCGAUGGACAAGGAUGUGAUGUGCAAAUCGGACCCCUGAUCAAUGAGAUGCAGUUCAAGAAAGUCAGUGGUUUUGUUGAGGAUGCGAGGUCCAAGAAAGCAAAUAUUAUCUUGGGUGGAAAACCGCUGACUGACCAGGGUGAACUUUUCUAUGCACCAACAAUAGUCACAGAUGUACCGCCAUCCGCUCAACUAUAUUCAGAGGAAGUCUUUGGUCCCGUAGUCUCUAUCAUCCGUUUCCGGGAUGAAGAGGAAGCUGUGAAGAAAGCCAACGAUACCAGGAGAGGUCUGGCUGGUUACUUCUACAGUGAGAACCUGCAGCAGGUCUUCCGAGUGGCCAAGCGACUGGAGGUGGGCAUGGUUGGAGUGAACGAGGGUAUCAUUUCUGCUGCUGAGGCGCCAUUCGGUGGUGUCAAGGAGUCUGGAGUAGGACGAGAGGGCUCCAAGCACGGCAUUGACGACUAUGUGGACAUCAAGUACAUCUGCAUGGGCAACCUCAAGUACGACUGAAGUCCAGCGGAGGAGUCACUUCCAAUGCUUUCAUUUGCUGUCUUCCACUAGAAUGCGAUUUGUUGAUAAUUGUUAUAGAAAAACACGCCGCUAUUUUAAUAAAUGUGCACAAACUCUA